AUGGCUAAAGAAUAUGAUCAUCUGUUUAAGCUGUUAAUCAUCGGAGAUAGUGGUGUUGGCAAAAGUUCAUUGCUUGUUCGUUUUGCCGAUAACACAUUCUCUGGUAGUUAUAUAACGACCAUAGGCGUCGACUUCAAAAUCCGAACAGUUAUAGUUGAUGGAGAAAAAGUGAAAUUACAGAUUUGGGACACUGCAGGUCAAGAAAGAUUUAGAACAAUUACAUCCACGUAUUACCGAGGUACGCAUGGUGUUAUAGUUGUAUACGAUGUUAGCAAUGGGGAUUCAUUUGCGAACGUCAAACGAUGGUUACACGAGAUUGACCAAAAUUGUGAAGUUGUCAAUAGGAUAUUAGUUGGAAACAAAAACGAUGCCCCAGACCGAAAAGUAGUGUUAACAGAAGAUGCUCAAAGAUUUGCUGAUCAAAUGGGCAUCCAAUUAUAUGAAACAAGCGCCAAAGACAACAUAAAUGUUGAACAGAUGUUCAUGUCGAUUACUAAACAAGUAUUGCGGAACAAAAAGGAAACCAAGGAACGUCAGGCACAUCAGAACAAUGAUGUAGUGAAUUUAAGAAAAGGUCACUCGAAAGGAGCGAAAAGAAAAUGUUGUUAA